AUGAAUAUUUAUAUAGUUGGAAUAUUCGCACGAGCUUCGUCUCAAUUGUCUUUCUCUCUUCCUACUCAUUUGGAUCUCUCUCUCUCUCUCUCUCUCUCUCUCUCUCUCUCUCUCUCUCUCUGUGAAUUCAGAUCUUCUCAACUGAAAGGGUUUCUGCUUCUGCCACACCUAACUCGUUCUUCUUGCUCUCUCUCUCCAAUUUUGGAGUUUUUUUUUGCUUUAUUUGCUGAAUUUUGAACAGUGACCUUGAUCUUCGAUCUAGCUUUUCUAGUAAACAUUACUUGCUGUUUCAUCUUUAAUUCUAAAAAGAAGGAACAAAAAAACAAGAACAAGAUGCAGAAAGAUCAACUCAAGAAGGAUAUUAAAGAGGUAAAAUUUUUCACCGAGUAUGGAGACGCCAACAGAUACAAGAUUCUCGAAGUUAUUGGGAAGGGUAGUUACGGAGUUGUAUGUGCAGCAAUUGACACGCACACUGGGGGAAAAGUUGCGAUCAAGAAGAUCCAUGAUGUUUUUGAGCAUAUCUCUGAUGCCAUUAGAAUCCUCCGGGAAGUAAAGUUACUAAGACUUUUAAGACACCCUGAUAUUGUUGAGAUUAAGCGGAUUAUGUUGCCACCUUCAAAGAGAGAAUUUAAAGAUAUUUAUGUUGUUUUUGAGCUCAUGGAGUCCGAUCUUCAUCAAGUCAUCAAAGCUAAUGAUGACUUGACUCGUGAACACCAACAGUUUUUUCUUUAUCAGAUGCUUCGUGCAUUGAAGUUUAUGCAUACAGCAAAUGUAUAUCACAGAGAUCUUAAGCCCAAGAAUAUACUGGCGAAUGCAAACUGCAAACUCAAAGUCUGUGAUUUUGGACUGGCAAGAGUUGCAUUCAAUGAUACCCCAACAACAACUUUUUGGACGGAUUAUGUUGCUACCAGAUGGUAUAGGGCCCCCGAACUAUGUGGGUCUUUCUUUGCUAAGUACACACCGGCAAUUGAUAUAUGGAGCAUUGGAUGCAUUUUUGCAGAAGUGCUGACAGGAAAGCCAUUGUUUCCUGGUAAAAGUGUUGUGCAUCAAUUAGAUUUGAUUACUGAUCUUCUUGGAACACCACCACCCGAAAUUAUCUCAGGAGUUCGAAAUGAGAAGGCAAGGAAAUACUUGAUGGAGAUGCGGAAGAAACUUCCUGUCCCAUUUGAACGGAAAUUUCCAAAUGCUGAUCCAUUGGCACUUCGUCUAUUGCAAAGGCUUCUAGCAUUUGAUCCAAAGGAUCGUCCGACAGCUCAAGAGGCACUUGCUGAUCCUUUCUUUAAGGGUUUGGCUAAAAUUGAGAGAGAACCUUCUUCUCAGCUAAUUUCAAAAAUGGAGUUUGAGUUCGAGAGAAGGAGGUUGACAAAAGAUGACAUUAAGGAACUAAUAUAUCGGGAAAUACUGGAAUAUCAUCCUCAACUGCUUAAAGAUUACAUAAAUGGAACUGAAGGCACAAACUUCCUGUAUCCUAGUGCAAUAGACCAAUUCAGAAAGCAAUUUGCAUAUCUUGAAGAGAAUAAAGGUAAUUCUGGCCCAGUGAUUCCUCCAGAAAGAAAGCAUGUGUCCCUUCCAAGGUCCACUGUUCUCUCUAGUACAAUUCCUCCGAGUAUGCAACCAUCUUUUCCUCCAUAUGCAAACAAACAAAUCACACAAGAGGCAUUCAAGAUUCCUAGAGCAGCUGAAUCAAAUUCUCUAAGUCAAUCAAAGGGUUCACGACCUCCCCCAAGAGCACCAGCAGCGAAACCAUGUAGAGUUACAGGGCCAGUUCUCUAUGAUGAUGGGAGAAGCACAAAAGAUAAUUAUGAUGCAAGGAUCUUCUGCCAAAAGACUACUAUUCCCCAAACAAUCUCACCACAUUGUUUCCAAAGGGUUGCACACGCGCACCAAACUAAUGCAAAAACUACACCAGAAACAUACAAGGAUAAUUCACAAGGCAAACAUCAACGCUCACCACAGAAGUGUAAUGUGCCUGCCAGACCAGCUAUCGAUCGUAAUACCAAUCCAUACCACCAGCAGGGCAAGAAUGAUCUGUUAAAUGAUCCUGUCACCGUUAUUGAUGCGACAUUGUUGCAGGCACAAUCUCAAUUUGGGGCAGCUGGUGCUGCAGCAGUAGCUGUUGCUGCUCACAGGCAUUCUGGGGGCCUCCAGUGCGGACUCCAGUGUGGCCUUCAGUGCGGAUUGUCAUAGAUUGGGAGCUCUCAAAGAGAGGUUUUAUAAAUCCUUUGUGCCUAAGUUAGGAAGGAAGAAAGUUGGUUAAAUUUUAGUUGGGUUUAGUUUUUUUUUUCUUUUCCUACUUCUGCUUUCAUAUUGUCAUCCUGUAAUUAUAUGUACAUCAUUUAAUUGGUUAAUAAAAAAAAAUUGAAUGUUCCUUUCCA